CCUCCAUAUUUUCGGGGAAGUUGAGUUCAACAGACAAGAGCAACAUGUGACGUAGCGAAGGCAUAUAGAUUGUCAAUGGAAUUUUUGCAUAAUUGACGCGACCGCUCGGAAAGCGAAGGCUCGCUGAAACACAGUUGGACCUGUUCGGUUUUUUUUAGGUGAAUGGUUCGUGUAACACCCAACUGUAGAGCGGUCUGUUCUCGGGUAGACACGCGGGCUGCUUUGGUAAAGCGUGUAACGGAAUCUGUUUCCACCGAGUUGUUUUUGGGUUUCUUUUUAAAAUGAGGAGCCCGUUGGACAGACGCUUUUAGGAUUGUUCUUCGGUGACAAACAGCCCUUAUCGGACCUCUGUCGCCGGGCGAGAGUCGGGCAUCGUCCUUUGGAGGAGUAUCAGAAUGAUAAAGCCCAAAGUGGGUCGGAUGUUUCUGGCGACAUGCGUCGGCUCGUUUUUCAUUCUUAUAUUAUACUUCCAGAACAUCUCAAGAUCAGCUUCUGAACAGUUUUCAGGCUGGAACAGUUCUUCAGUUAAAUCGGGAAGAAGCCCUUUGCAGUCACUACAAGAAAAUGAACAGCUGGAACAGUCUGCAGUGCAGGCCACUCUGCAGGGUCGAAGGGAACUCCUGGAGGAAACCUGUCGCACCCACACCCACAAAAGACGUGUACUCAGCCCGGAGGACCUCCGCCACCUCAUAGUGGAUGAUAAACACAAGUUACUGUAUUGCUAUGUCCCCAAAGUGGCAUGUACAAACUGGAAACGUGUGUUGAUGGUGCUAACAGGAGAUGGGCACUAUCGCGAACCACUGGCUAUUCCAGCAAACGAGGCUCACGUAGUGGGCAACCUGCGUUCACUCUCAGAGUACUCCACAGCCGAGAUCAACCAGCGGCUACGCACAUAUCUGAAGUUUGUCUUUGUGCGUGAACCCUUCGAAAGACUUGUCUCUGCAUAUCGCAACAAGUUUACCCGUAGCUACAACACGGCAUUCCAUAAACGCUACGGGACCAAAAUCAUCCAGAGGCAUCGUGCGGACCCCCAGGCUGAAGCACUGGAAAAAGGCAACGACGUCUCCUUUGAGGAGUUUGUGUAUUAUUUAGUGGACCCCCAGACUCAGAAAGAGGAACCGUUUAAUGAGCACUGGGAAAGGGUUCAUUCACUUUGCCACCCUUGCCUGAUCCAUUACGAUGUGGUGGGCAAGUAUGAGACUCUUGUGCAAGAUUCACGUUACAUCCUGAAGUUAGCAGGUGCUGAAGAAGAGGUCAAAUUUCCCGCCAUGUCCAAGAGCACCAGGACCACGGGUGACAUGACUGCUAAGUUCUUCGACAACAUCAGUCCAUUUUACCAGAAGAAACUCUUCAACCUUUACAGAAUGGACUUCUUGCUUUUUAACUACUCUGUGCCGGCUUACUUGAAGUUGAGAUAAACAGUUCAGCGAGUUUCAACUGAUCAUAAAACUUGUACACAUGGAUGUGAAUCUUGCGGGCAAUGACUAAAAUUUAGCUUGUGUCUGGAUUUGAGUGAAUCGCCUGAGGGAACCUGUAGAGGAUGCACCUUGGAUAUGGCGUCUCCAUUGGUCUUUUGAAGUGAAAUUCAGCACUGUGAACAGAUUAGUGCUGGGUGGGGUGUUGCAUACCAUCCCAAAAGUUCACAAAAUACUGUCUGUAAUUCCUUUGGCAAAUGUCGACUGAGCUCCAAGUAUGUGCCUUUGUCCUUCUGAAUGUUGAUAAGUGAAGCAGGAUUCUUCAUCAACAGACAAAUGCUAUGAAUGUUUCUUCAACCAUCCAAAAUUAUAUUUAUGGUAUUGUUUACGUAGCAUAUUUAUUGUGGAUUUUGGUGUUGAACUGGAACCAGCAAAGCCUUGACAU